AUGAAAAAUAUAAUAACAUUUGAACCAUUGAUAGAAACUUUUAAAGAGGUUUAUUGUCAUCUGUUGACAAUAAAUAAUACUAGAAUACUUAUUAAUUGUGGUGGUGAUUUAUCUUUCUAUACACAAGAAUUAUUAAACAUCAUUAACAGCUGUGAUUGUAUUUUAGUCACAUCUUUUGAUUCUGCUUGUAUAAAUGGGUUAUGGACAAUUUUAGAUCGCGGGUACUUCAAACCUGUUUAUAUGAGUGUACCUAUAAAGGAAUAUUCAUUAAUAUUUCAUCCAUUUGAAUAUAAAAACAUUUUUGAGAUAAAAUAUUUACAGCCCUUUAAUGUUAACAAUGUUCAAAUAUGUGCAUUCGCUUCAGGCAAUUCACUCGGUGCUUCACUUUUUAAAAUAACAUCUAAUCUUGAAAAUAUAUACGUAGGAUACAAUAUUAAUCAUCGGAAAGAAAAUCAUUUAAAUGGUAUUGAUUUAAAAAAUAUUACUGACAGUUAUGUAUUUAUUACUAACACGAAUUAUUGUAUAAAAGAAAAUAUAAACUCUAGUACUAGAAAUGAACAAUUUUUAAAUUUAAUUAAAAAUUGGUUUACUUCUAAAAAUAAAAAAAUGAUAAUUUACGUUACGUAUCCUAGACUUCAUGAAAUAGGGCUAUUACUUAAUACAAUAAAAGAUAAAAAGAUAGUUAUACUUGAUAAAUACAUUAAAAAAUUUAUUAAUAAAUCAAAAAAUAUGAUUGAGUGGAGUAAUACAAGUCUUAUAGAACAAAAUGAUGUGUAUGAAUAUUCAAAUAUAGAAAAAGUAGAAUAUUAUUCGCUACUUAAUGAUUUUGAUAUAUGUAUUUUACUUGAUGAUGAUAUAUCUUUACUAGAUAAAUUUAAUGAUGAAAAUUUAUGUGUUAUUUUUAUUGAUAAAAAAUUCAAUAUAACGCAUAAACCAAUAUAUCAAUAUAACGGUAGUUAUGAAAUUAAGACCGAUAUAAAGGAAAAUGAUAUUUUUGAAGAAAGUAGUGAAGAAGAAAUAGAAAAACAUUGGAGUGAACUGAAAAAUGAAUUAAAAUUUGAUUAUAACGGCAAUAUUAUUGAAGAGAGUACACUCAAUACUAAUGAUUUAUUUUUAGAAACGUAUAGGGAUAUUUAUGGAUACCCAAGUUUAGAACCAAUUAAAAAAAAGAUUUGUUACAAAACAAAAGAUAAAUUUAAUUUAUAUAAGAAAAUUAGAAAUUACGAUGAUUAUGGCGAGUAUAUUGAUAAAGAAAAAUUUGUGGUAAAAAUUGAAAGGAAUGAGAGAAUAUUAGAACCUGUUACCACAGUAAAAGUUUAUUCAGAGACAAAAAAACUUAUUAAAUCUGAUUUUAUACCAAAAUGUAAAAUGCAGAUUUUUAAUCUGCAAGGAUCUAGUGAUUUAAAAAAUAUUAAAGUUAUUUUACAGAAUAUUGAUAGUAAAAAAAUUCUUCUUGUUGAAGAUUCUUUAGUAAAUGCCAAAUUUAUGUAUUCUUAUUUACUAUGUGCAGUAAAAAAUGUUCAAAUAUGCAAUUCACUAAUUAAUUUAAGUAGCAGUAAAAAUAUUAAUAUAUUAAAUGUAUCUGAUAUAAUGAAUAAUAUGGAAAAUGAAGGUGUUAAGGUUUAUAAUAGUAAAAUGUUUAGAUUUAAAGGUUUUAGAGAAGAUGAUAAAUUAAAAUAUAUAGAGAGACCAGAUAAAAUUACUGUCUGCGAUUUUAAUAAUUUAACAAAAAAAUUAAUGAGUGUAAAUUUAAAGAUUGAAAAAAAUAAAAAUGUCUAUGUGGUGCAAGACAAAGUGCGGGUAAAAAUAGAACAAGAUAAAAUUAUAUUGGAUGGAGAGGUAGGAGAUAUUUAUUAUCAUAUAAAAGAUAUAAUAUAUGAUUCUAUAAUAUCUUUAUAG